GAUGGGCAAAGCACCGGGUUUAAACCCGGUGCUUUGGUAAAAACCCAAUAAACACCCAUAAACUCCCAUAAUCACCCAAAAAAAUAGGUUUUUACGUAUUUUUUUGAAAAUAUGUAAGUAAUACCAAUAAAUUAUUUUUAUAAAUUGUAUUGAUCAAUUCUACAAUAUUAAAUAAAACGUUAACUAAUAAUAUUUCAGGAAAUUUUAAAAAUCUAUAUAUAAUAAAAUGAAAGUAAUUAAUUUUCAGUGUUUUCAUGUUGCAGUUGAUCAACAUGUUGGCCUUUUGCUUCCCGUAGAUACUUUAAAAUUUCUUCAUAACACCUCGUUCGCACACAUGGCCGUAUAUAUUUAAAUUCUUGAGCCACUAACAGUCCGAAAUACUCAUUUCUUUUAUCCUCUUCUCCAUAAAUUAAGCAUUUAGAACAGUUUGUUUCUUCUUUCAGUAAAUUUUCUUUUACUUUAUCCUCGUUUUUUUCUUUGUUGCGACGACGCUGGGUAAAUCAUCUGGACACUGGGUCUCACUAUCGCCAAAUAUAUUUGGAGAUCGGCUUCGGCUACGGCUUGGCAGACAUUUUUUUCUUUCUACAAUUUUAAAUUAAAUUUAUUAGAAUAAAUGCUUCGAACACACGCGAUCUAAGUACCUUUUGUGUUUAUUAUACCUUACCUACCUAGGUAUAAAAAGAGUACUUACGUAGAUUUUCUUUUAUUAACUGUUUUAUACGAAGAUCUUGAUCUCUCAAAUUAGCAUCCAUUUUACUUCCAGUGAUUAUCAACUAAAUUAAUAAUCCACAAAGUAUUAAAUAACGUUUUUAUGAAAUAUUUAGCACAAAAACAAUACCCUUUAAAUAUCGAUCGUCAGUAACUGUGGCUGACUUACCUAUAUUCUAGCAAGCAGGACUGCCAGAUGUGAAGGGGAAAUCCCCAAUAAAUUGUUGCAUGUGACUGAUGAUGUGAGCAUGUUCGUUUCAUAAUAAAAAUGUUGCCAGGUAACCAAAAAGUCGUAUGUUUUUGUGCGAAUUACGAUCAUAAUCUUUACGAUCGUACAUUAAAAAAUAGACAAAUAAUAGUAUGAGUACGAUUUAAAUCGUAUAUCUGUCAACCCUGCUAGCAAGACAGCGACAAAAUCACGUUGCAUAACAAUGUAGCCCAAGCUUAUAUCUUAUGAAAUAUACGGAAGAGAUACGGACUUAGAAAAAACAGAAAUGUUGUUCUUUGUGGAAGUCAUUGAUGAAAUUCUAUGUAUUUUAGCCCGCAAACUUUCUUCAAACAAAAACAGCGCCAUCUAGUAUCGAGUUCUGUAAUUAUCUCUUUGUUUAUGGAUUUGAAGUAAGACCGCCACGCAUGCAAUACAUUAUGACUGGGGAUUCCCCUAUUCGUCGACGCUGAAUAUGAGGCGACGACAAUCACUGUCAAACGUGUUCACUAUUACUCUGACUCUGGUAACGUGACUUCCUGGUAACGUGUUAGGUAGGAAAAGCAGUAAAAAAGUGCAUAUUAAGGGAGCAGAUUUGAAAUAAUAUUUAUACUUAACAAGAAAUAAUUAAAGGUUCAAUGGGGAGACCUAAAGAUUUACGCAUAUGGGAGCACUACCGUACUUUACCAAACAAGUCUGUUUCUUGCAAGCUUUGUAAUAAGGUCUACAAAUUCAGUAAUGCUGCCAAAAUGCUUCAACAUCUUAUCACUUGUCCAAAAUCUCCAGAAACAUUAAAAGACUCUAUGAAACUUAUAAAAGAUAGCUCGUCCAAAACCAAAAUGUCUGGACUGUCAGAGAUAGAGACAAAUGAUUCUUUUAUAAGCCCCUCGUCGUCUGCUAACACUACAAUAAAUGCUGAGUUUCAAGACACCGAUGAUCAUAUAAAAACAGAAUUAGCGAGAGCUAUAUUUGUAACAGGGACGCCAUUAUCGAUGGUGCAACAUCCUUUAUGGAUACAAUUUUUCGAAAAAUUGCAACCAAAAUUUAAAAUACCUUCACGUAAAGCUUUAGCGACAAAAUACUUAGAUAAAAUAUAUAGAGAAAUGCGUUUUGAGUUAAAUGAGGAACUAAAUGCUUGUAGUUACUUACACCUUCAGUGCGAUGGCUGGUCUAAUUUAAGAAAUGAAGGAAUAAUAAACUUUCUUAUAUCAAAACCUCAACCUGCAUACGUUAAAAGUUUGAAUACAGAAAGUAAUCCUCACACUAGUGAAUACCUUAGCCAAGAAGUUGAAAAAGUAAUGAAAGUGUAUGGAGCAAAUAAGUUUCUUGUACUUAUUGGCGAUAACGCUAGAAAUAUACAAAAGGCAUUCGAAUUAACAAAACUCAAAUAUCCACAUGUUGUUCCUCUCGGUUGCUGUGCACAUAUCCUUAACUUGUUGUGCCAAGAUAUUGUAAAGAUACAAGAAGUAACUGUGUUUAUUAUGCAAGCCAUAAAUAUAAUAAAAACUGUUAAAAGGAGUCAACGAUUAAGUUCCUUGUUGAUAAAAUCAAGGCAGGGUGAAGAUUCUACACAAACACUAAAAUUGCCUUGUGCUACAAGAUGGGGAAGUCAUGUUACUUCGUUAAAAAGUUUGAAAGCAAAUAAGAUAGCUUUGCAAAUAUUAACAGUUAGAGAAGAUGUGGUAAUUUCAAGAGAUAUUAAAGAUUUAAUUCUAAGUGAUGAUUUCUGGACGAAGACAGGGGAAUGUAUAAGUAUUUUGGAACCAGUCACUGAAAGCAUAUUUUACUUAGAGAGCGACCAGAAUCGUUUGCAUCGCACAUACAUUACAUUUAGAGAUGUACAAGCUAAGAUACGUUUUGCAUUAAAUGAGAUUUCGACAUUGAGCGAAGAAAGCAAACAGCAGAUUCUAACAUCAGUAUCUUCAAGAUGCAAUAUGGCAAUGAGGCCAAUACAUUUUGCAGCAUAUAUUCUAGACCCCAGGACUCUAGGAGUCGAACUUACUCAAGAGGAAGAACUUAAGGGUAUGGAGUUUAUCUACAAUUUAAGCCAACACUUAAGUUUGUCAAAUGUAAUGGCAGAUUUGGCGUGUUAUAAAGCUAAAGAAAACUUUUGGGCCAGAGGAUUUGUAUGGAGCUCAUUAGAUAGCAUUGAGCCCCUAAUAUGGUGGAAAGGUAUUUGUGGUUCCACUGAGUUAAGCAAAGUAGCGAUUCGUAUUCUAUCAGCUCCCUGUACUUCGGCAGCCACUGAGCGUUCCUUUAGUAUCCAAGGCUACAUACAUAAUAACAAAAGAAAUCGACUUACAACUGAAAGAACUGAAAAAAUUUCAUUCAUUUGUUAUAACUGGAAUCUUAAACAUAAAGCUGAAUGCGAGGACAUUCAGUUUAAUGAAGAAAAUACCUUAGAAGCUUUCAUUGAGCAAGUAAAUGAACAUAACAGUUUAGACGAAAUAGAGCCUAUCGAACCUAUACAAUUCAUCGCUUGUAAUAACUCUGAAUCUGACAGUGAUUGACUGUAGUUUUACAUUUUACUUUCAUCUCUUUCUUAAUAAACUCAAAAUCAAAUUAAAAGUUUUUAUUCUGUAGGCUGCAUAAUAAUAUUGUCUAUGUCCAGUAUAGUGGACGUCUUGCGGCUGAGAUGACGAUGAUGAAGUACAAAAUCAUAAACACCCAAAAAUUUGGGUGUUUAUGGGGUUUAAACCCAAUAAACCCAAAACACCCGGUUUUUACCCACCAGACUUUAAACCCACCCAGGUGGAUUGCCCAUCUCUAA